CCAAGUGGGUUACUGGUAGUUUGUUGCCUCCAGACUCAAAGGAGGUUAGGUACGUUCUUUGGACUACUUACCAACCCAGCGCUGAAUCUACUUCCUUUUCAGGAUAAAGCUAUGGAGAUAAUCCCCAAGGACACUAUCCCGGAGAGCUUCCGGGAUGCAACCGUGUUGAUAUCGGGAGCGACCGGCUUCAUGGGUAAAGUUUUGACGGAGAAGUUACUGAGAAGCUGCCCUGACAUACACCAGGUAUACUUGCUGGUGAGAGAGAAGAAGGGGAAGAACAUGCAUCAGAGGCUGGACGAGAUAUUCCAGGAUCCGCUAUUCUCCGUGCUGGAGCAGGAGCAGCCCAAAUACCGUUUCAAAGUGACAGGUAUCGGCUGUGACAUCUCUGCACCAGGUCUGGCACUCAGCGACCACGACAGACAGAUCCUGACACAGGAGGUGUCGGUCGUGUUCCAUGGCGCGGCCACUGUACGCUUUGACGAGAAACUCCGAGCAGCCUACAACAUCAACGUGCGCGGGACUCAAGAGAUGCUCAACCUGGCUAAGGAGAUGAAGAAUUUAAAAGCUUUUAUCCACGUAUCAACUGCGUAUGCCAACUGCCACCUGAGUGUUAUUGACGAGACCCUCUAUCCAGCCCCGAUCAGCCACCAACGACUCAAGGAGAUCAUAGAACAUGUUGAUGAUGACGAUCUGUUAGAGGCCAUGUUGCCAAAAUUGUUAGGAGAGAUGCCGAAUACUUAUGCAUUCACUAAAGCUGUUGCUGAACAUGUUGUCAAAGACUACACAAAAAUACUUCCAGUUACUAUUUUCAGACCAGCCAUUGUGGUGGGCACAGCUUAUGAGCCCCUCAUUGGUUGGACAGACAACCUGUACGGUCCGACAGGUCUUGUGGUAGGAGCUGGCUGCGGAGUUCUGCACUCCAUCUACGCCAAUGUUGACUGCAUAGCCAACAUUGUGCCUGUGGACAUGACCGUCAACGCACUAAUCGCCAGCGCACGGGAGACCAUGGCUCAAAGCCAAAACAACCAAACACCAGAAACCAGAAAUGACAAGACAAACGAAGACGUGAAAAUAUACAACUAUGUGUCGUCAGUGGAGAAGCCGUUGAAGUGGGGUGAAUUCAAGUACCUGAUAGAGCUGCAUGGUACAAAAGUACCUCCCAUGAGAGCAAUGUGGUACUACUUCAUGACGACACACCGCUUCCUUCUCAUGCACAUGAUCUGUACCUACUUCCUUCACUACCUGCCUGCUCUCAUCAUAGACGGAUUGGCCAAGAUCACUGGAAAAGAGAGUCCCAACCUAUACAAAGUGUAUAAGAAGAUUGACAAGUUCACCAUGGUUCUGGCAUACUUCGCACAUAGAUCAUGGGACUUCAGCAACAACAAUGUGCAAGCCAUGUGGAAGAGCUUGAGCCCGAGCGAUCAGAAAACGUUCAACUUUGAUAUGAAACAGCUGGACUGGGACAAGUUCUUCUACAACUACAUCCGAGGCCUGAGAGUUUACCUGCUCAAAGACGAUAUGAGCACUCUGCCCCAAGCCAUGGUUAGGUGGAGGAGAUUCUACUGGGCUCACCAAACACUGAAGGCUUUGUUCGGCUUCAUCGUCCUCCGCGUCGCCUGGACUGUUGGGUCCCUCGCCUACAACAGUCUAAGAUGACUUGUUUAAUCGUUGUAUUUAUUGUUUCUUGAUUUGCUUUAAUAUUUAUGUUUAAUUUUACUUUUAAUUUAGUUUGUACAGAAUAAAUGUUUAAGUAAUACUA